AUGCCUGAUACCGCAUUCUCCGCCACGACCGUUGCGACCGGACGCUCCUCGCAUGAGCGCGGCGCCAUCUGCGCGCUUGUCUCCUCCAAGUUGAAGCCCAUCCUGCUGGAGCUUUGGGUUGAGCAGGGCCCCGCUGUUUUGACCGCGCCGCAGAUCAACAGCGUGGAUGCCCUCCGGCCUCUGAUUUCCAUCCUCCAGACCAUUGCCCUGCUCCUGCGCAAUGAGGGGCAGUUGCAGCUGCUCGCCGAGGGCGAGACCUUCCGCGGGGACCUGCGGAAAUUCUUCGCCCCCCACUUCCCCUUCGGCACGCAAUCCCUGGUGGCCGACAGCUCCGAGGUUCAGGCGGCCCUGCUGGAGAUGAACAUCCAGAUGAUUGAAAUCAUGUCGCUCCUGUCGGCCGCCGCCAGGGACAGCCAGUCGACCGCCUCGGAGGAGGAGCUGUCCACCGCGGCCGUGGCCUACAUCACGGACAUCCUCCAAUCGCCGGACAGUGACAGCGCGGCCGAGCUGCUGCCCGCCCUUUGGCGCUUUGUCCACGGCCUGCCGCCCGGGGACUCGGCCCACCUUUUCCAGCAGCUGGUCAAGACUUGCAUCGGCUUGCCGGCCGCGGCCUCGGCGAAGGUCAAGUUCGCCGAGUUCAUCCGGCACUUCCAGAACUCCAAGCUCGGUGGCACGGUUGCCCGCGAUUUGCCGGGCUACGGCCCGGUGCUGGAUGACUUUUGCAAGGACAUCCCCAAGGUCCUGUGGCAGCUGCGCACCGCGCCGGAGCACGACACCUUGCGCCUGCUCCUGCUGGACACCCUGCGGGAGGUGCUGCGCUCGCGGGCCCACCGGCUUGCCAAUGCCGGCCCGGAUGCCGAGCUCGGCGAUGCCAGCCCCCUGCAGCAGGCCAUCCAGGCGGCCCUGGCGCCGAUGUUCUUCACCCAGCUGCCAGCUCGGGGGGGGACCCCGGCGCGGCGCAUCUUCGGGCCCUUCCUGGCCCUCAGUGCCGGGGCUCAACAGCGCCUGCUCGGGUGCGUGCAGUUCCUCGGCCCCCUGGGCGAGCGCCUCCGGCCGAGCCUUUCGGUGGCGGUCUGCUCGCCGGCCUGCCCGGCCCCAGCGCGGGACUAUGCGCUGCACUUGCUCGGCAGCCAGCAGACACGGCUCUUCGCCCCGGGCGCCGAGCGUCCCAAUGCCCCGGAGCACUACUUGACCCUGCUCCUGUCGAGCCUGGUCGGCUGGACGGCCUUCGAUCUGGCCAGCCUGCGCGAGCAGACCGGCCCGGCCGUCCCCCUGCUGGCCGAGCUCCAGGUCCAGGCAUCCGGCGAGGGCCGAACCGUGCGGCUGCUCUCGCCUCUGGCCACCAUGCAGCGGCAUCUGGCCGGGCCCGGGCGGCCGCAGUCCGACGCCGAGGCCGGCUUCACCGCCUACCUCGGCGCCCGGGUGGCGCAGAUCCUGACCACGGUGCAGGCGGUGCGCGCGCUGAGGGUCGUCACCCCGGUGGACUUCCUGGCCUCGAGCAUGGGGCACCUGCGCUCGUUGAUGCCCCCUCCAUCUACCACCCCUCCCACCGUACGACGCUCCCCCGCCCUGCGCGCGCCGCCCUGA